CUAACAGAAACACUGUCAGCUUACUGAUAUGUAAAGAUAAAUAGACCAUUCAAGAAUCUCAGAGUGGGAGAGACAGAAAUUUGGACAUUUUCAAUGGAGAAUACUGUGCUAGUUCGAUGGUGAAUUGGACAACUUGAUUGGAACUUCUGGAAACCUACACGGAAGUUUGGUCCACAUUUAUUUUUCUUCUUUAAAUUACUAGCAGCUACCUAUUCUUUUCACCACCUUUUCACAGUCCCUAUACCUGGCUAGUUAUUCACAAUAAGGUUUGGUUACUUUAUUUCAGGUAUUACUGAUUGGUGGUUCAACAGGCACCAUGCUGGAAGCUUUACAAGUUGUAGGUAGUGACAGUCCUAUCAUCGAGAGUCCUAUGGCUUCAAUUACCAGAACGAAUUUUGAGGGAACCAAUGGUUAUCUUUCUCCCGAAGAUGAAGAAUCAUCAUCAGGGAACAAAAUCAAGAUGAGGCUACAAGAAUUUCAAAGAAGUGCUGCAUCUUUUACCGCAUUAGAUAAAAACUACCUCACCCCGUUCUUCACUAGUCAAAAUGAAGAUGAAGCUAUGCCCCUGACUUUGGAGAACAUGGGAUUGGAUGAUGAUGAUGACCGCUACUCGUCAUGAUAUUUUUGGAACAACGUACUCAAUGAUACUAUGAAGGUUCCUUUUUGUACACACCUUGAGUCACAUGCAAUUUAUUGAUAACUUGGAGGAAUUGUCAUAAUACAAGGAUCAUUCCAAGUUUCCAACUCACUGAAUUCAGAAACUUACGUCAAGUAGGCAGAUUAGGUUGGAAGACAGACAUCUUAUAUGCUGCUUUAGUAUUCUAUGCUUUCAAGUUGAUGACUAUGGUUCUUUCACGAAGCUGGGGAUUUGUAAACUUGAUCUAACAUACGUGUUUACUCACUCUAAUAUCGGUUGUCCAAGACUAAGCAAGCACAUGAUCUUCAUAUAAAAUAUUCGCGUUAUUUGUUCUUUGCGGUUAUCAAAAUGAUGAAGAGAAUAUGCAUGUUGUACAAGUGAUGAUGGUAGAGAGAAAUACUAAAAUGUUUCAAUUAUGCUAUAAAGUCCUUCGAGUUUGAAAUAGUCUUCAAUAGUCCUAGCAUAAUUGUAUUCAAAAAGUUCAUAUUACCUUGUA